AGCGAUCGAUGACAAAACAUGGUUCAGCUGUGGCGCACCAACCGAAACCACUUACGUUCCGGAUGAUGGGUUUUUGGCGUGGUAUACAUUGCGCGCCAUUCCGGGGCCAACAAAUUACUCUGGGCAGCAGUUAGCUUCUCGCGCACAAUCGGGAAGAUAUCGUUUACAGCGACUGGAACACUUCCACAGCUUCCUUGGAUGUGACCUUCGAUUCAUUCCUACUGCCGAUCGAAGGUAACCCCUCAAAUAGUGAUUUCACGUUUCACUGAUUCAGAACACACACUCGACUAACGAGCUGAUGGUAUCGUUGGCGUACACUUGCAAACGUCCACCAGUCCACUGACACCCUCGGAACGGAAACCAACGGUUUAUCGUCGCGUUCCAAGACAUAUUUUUGAUUGGCGACGUUUAAUUCAUUUGUUCCGUUCGAAAGAAUCGGCCACCGACAGCUUAGCGGAUACUGCUGCAGAGAUCGAUAGCAGAGAAGCACAUCUAACAAUGCCCGAGAAAGUGUGGAAUCUGAGUGAUUCGGAUGAAAAUGAGAAGGAAGUACGGUACGAUCUGGAUCGCUCGAACGAAGCGGAAAGCUGGUGGAACCAAAAGUCACUCACAACGUUGGAUUUAAGCUCCAACACGCUGACUACGAUCAGUGAAAAUAUACAGAAUCUUGCCGAUCUGACCGUGCUGAAUCUUCAAGAUAAUGCAUUAACAAGCCUGCCGAACGGUAUCGGGGCGCUAACCAAGCUAACGAAGCUCAGCGUCAGCCGCAACAAGCUGACCGAGCUGCCGGAAAGCUUCUUUCAGCUGAAGGAGCUAAAGCAUCUAAAUCUUUCGCACAAUGAAUUUCCGGAGAUGAAUCCGAACAUAAGUGAUCUAAUCAUGCUUGAAAUGUUGGAUGUUUCCUUCAAUAGCAUUAACGCUUUACCGGGUGGCGUUGGGUUUCUCGUAAGGAUGCAGCAAUUAACGUUGAAUAAUAAUCACCUAACGGAACUACCGAACGAUAUCGUCAAUUUACGCAAACUCCAGAAGCUCGAUCUUGCCAAGAACGAUCUGAAGAAGCUGCCCCCGGUAAUGGGUGAACUGCGCCGACUGGAAUGUUUGUACGUGCAGCACAACGACAUCGAUGAGUUGCCCGAUUUUACCGGCUGCGAAGCACUGAAAGAGUUGCACAUUUCGAACAACUUCAUUAAAACAUUGCCGGCCGAUUUUUGCGAAAAUCUCCCACAGCUGAAAGUGCUCGAUUUGCGUGACAACAAGAUCGAACGUUUGCCGGACGAAAUCGCGCUGCUUGCCAGCUUGACGCGGCUGGAUCUGUCCAACAAUACGAUCAGCAGUUUGCCCUCGUGUCUGUCCACGCUGGCCCAUCUCGUUAGUCUACAGGUGGAGGGCAAUCCAAUCCGUUCGAUUCGCCGUGACGUUAUCCAGUGCGGUACGCAGCGCAUUCUUAAAACGCUCCGCGAGCGGGAUGGAACGAAAGGAAAGGCGGAAGGGAAACCGGGACCGACGGUGACGGUGAAAAAUAGCUUGUUCACGGAGAAUAGUACCUUUCCGGAUGUGUACCAGAUGCGAAAGGGUCGCGCGCUGAUCGUCUGCUCGAAGGGAUUGAUCGACAUACCGGAAGCGGUGUUUCUUGAUGCGCUUGAAGCUUCCGUGUACAAUGUAGACAUAAGCAAGAACAAGCUAACAUCUGUACCGUCGGGCGUUACUCAUUUAUCCUCUCUGCUAACUGAGCUUAAUGUUAGCUUUAACUUACUGCAGACCGUGCCGCCCUUUUUCUCGCAAUUCGAAAAGAUUAGCUAUCUUAACCUGUCGAACAACCAGAUGACCGAUUUGCCGGAAGUGGUUGGACUGCUUGUGACAUUGCGCGAGCUCAAUGUCGUCAGCAACCAGCUCAAGCGCAUACCGGACUGUGUGUAUGAACUGCGAGGAUUGGAAAUUUUUCUUGCCAAUGGUAAUCAAAUCGAGGAAAUAGACGCAUCGGAGAAUGGGCUCGGAGCACUCAAGCGGUUAGCUACACUGGAUUUGGCUAACAACAACAUCAAGCAUGUACCUCCAAUUCUGGGCACGCUGAAGAAUAUCACCACUCUGGAAUUGAUUGGCAACAGUUUCCGACAGCCACGGCAUCAAAUUUUGGAAAAGGGAACGGAAUCGAUCAUGUCCUACCUGAGGGAUCGUAUCCCUCAGUAAGGACGACAUUGGUGGAGCACAAAUUGGGUUGAUUUUACAAAGCGCUAAGCGCCAUAUUUGCGACAUUAUUCUUGCAGCUUUUUACGCGAUACUAGUAGUGCUUACACGAUUGCACGCAUUUAUAGGCCAUACUCGGGAGAUACAAUAUAAGAUUGUGUAACGAAUACCAAAAAAGAA